AGAUACGAGGUCCGUAGAGGAGUUUAUUGAGGAGGUGGAAAGGGUUCUAAGAGCUAGAGAUCAAACUCAGGAAGAACAGUUGGACUUUAUUGUCUCACAUUUGUUGGGCUCUGCAUGAGAAGAGGAGGCUUAGCUAAUGAGCAGGUGAUAUUGCGUGAUCAGUUUGUGGAGGGGGUGAGGGACACUGCGUUAAGGUGGGAACUGCGCAAGAUCAUCAGAGAAAAGCCCAAGUUUAUCCUGCUAGAGCUUCAUAAUGAGGCCAUUCUUUGGUCCAUGGAGGAGACCAGGCCUGCAAGGACUGUGAGUAGCAGACCAGUCCAUUCAGAAGUGCUUGGUGAAACUGGGUGUUCCUUUGUUGUGGCCGAGAGCAAAAUGUCUGCUGUGUUGGAUGAUAUUUUACAGGUGAUUUCUCGGCAGGACAAGCGAAUAAGUGAGCAUGAACAGAAUAUCUCAGAACAGAAUAACUCAUUAACUAAAUCGGUUAAGGAGUUGACUUUACAACGGUCGCUGUCAGUUCCUCAGGCUUGUACACCUUUGUCUAAGGCCCCUCCAAGGUUUACGGAGGAGGGAGAACCUAUCUGUUUCAGGUGCAACAGGGUUGGGCAUAUAGCUAGACGUUGCACCAUGAGGCGAGGCGGGCAACCCAAGAGUGCUGCCAAAACUACAGAGGAGCAGGAAAAACAAGGUUCCUCAGUUGCUCUGAACCAGGAAACCCAAGGGGUUAUUUCUGGCUUACCAACAGAAGGAACUAGUUGAGACAGGUUCCUUGAACGAGCUGUUGGAACAUGCCUGAAGGUGAAUCUGAAGAUCAAAAGUGUG